UCCUGCAAUUGUUGGAUUAUAUCGUGUUUCUCAUACCAAGUAGUUUCUCCACUUUCUUGAUCUCGAGAUCAUAUCGGCUUCUCCAAUGGAAUUUGCAGUGUUUGCCCUUUCUCCCUCGAGUCUAGUACUCCCCUCACAUUUUCCUAAAACGACCAUACUUUCACGGAGCCAUAUUUCAGCGAGAAACAAGCUAUUCCAAUCAUCAAGAUUACCCUCUCUCAAGAAUGCUUCCAUAUUUAAGAUAUUGAGCAUGAACAAUGAGGAACGAAGAUCAGCUAAUUAUCAUCCUAGCGUCUGGGAACUCCAACUCAUUGAGUCCUUAAGCACUCCCUAUUCAUAUGAGCUUCACGCCAAUCGAUUGGAGGAGCUGAAGCAAGAAGCUAAAAGAGCACUCGUGUCCACCAAUGAACCCCGUGCCAAAUUAAAGCUGAUUGAUUCAAUUCAACGGCUGGGAGUUGCUUAUCAUUUCGAAAGAGAGAUUGAAGAAGCUAUGAAGCUUACUGAACUAGAUGUUAGUGGGGAUCUUCAAACAACUUCAUUGCACUUUCGGCUUCUAAGGCAGCAUGCCUUUUCAGUGAGCACAGAUGUGUUUGGAAAAUUCAGAAGUAAUAGAGAUGGGAAAUUCAAGGACAGCAUAAGGACGGACGUUGCAGGACUUUUGAGUUUGUAUGAAGCUUCAUACCUUGGAGUGCCUGGAGAAGAUCAUGUUUUAGAAGAAGCCAAAAAUUUCAGCAGUAAACAUCUCCAGUCAUUGUUAGAGAAAAUAAAGGAUGAAGUUCUAGCUAAGCAAGUGAAACAAUCAUUAGAAGUUCCUCUGCAUUGGAAGAUGCCAAGGAUUGAGGCUCGGGAUUUCAUUGAUGUUUAUUCAAGUGAUAAUACGAGGAACUUAGACUUGCUUGAGUUAGCUAAGUUGGACUAUAACCUUGUGCAAUCACAACACCAAAGGGAGCUCAAAGAACUAGUAAGGUGGUGGGGUGCCCUAGGCUUCAAGAAGAAGCUGAGUUUUUCGCGAGAUCGAUUGAUGGAAAAUUAUUUUUGGGCAAUGGGAAUGGUGUUUGAGCCUCAGUUCUCGAAAUGCAGGAUAGGCCUCACCAAAUUUGUAUGCAUUUUAACAGCAAUUGAUGACAUAUAUGAUGUGUAUGGAUUACCGGAGGAGCUUGAGCUCUUUACCAAACUAGUAAAUCGAUGGGAUUCCAUGGCCAUUGACGACCUUCCUGAUUACAUGAAGAUAUGCUAUUUGGCCUUGAUUAACUUUGUUAAUGAAAUGGCAUACGAUGUAAUGAGAGAUCAUGGCUUGUUUGUUUUACCCUACCUUGUGGAAGAGUGGGCAAAUCUCUGCGGAUCAUAUUUGGUUGAAGCUCGGUGGUUUAGCAACAAGUAUUCACCAACUUUGACUGAGUACUUGGAGAAUGCAAGGACAUCGAUUGGGAGUCCUGCAGCCCUUGCCCAUGCUUAUAUGUUGCUGGGGAGCCCCAUAGCACAGAGUUCACUGAUGGAUUGCUUCAAGCAUGGCAGUGAUCAAUUAAUCUAUUGGUCAUCCUUAAUUACUCGACUCAGUGAUGAUUUGGGCACAUACACGGCUGAGAGUGAGAGAGGUGAUGUGACAAAAUCCAUUCAGUGCUACAUGAUUGAAAAGGGUGCUUCUGAAAAAGAAUCAAAAGUGCACAUCAAAGCUUUGAUUAACCAAGCGUGGAAGGAACUAAACAAGGAGAAUUCCAAAUGUUCUCUUCCAAAACCUCUUGUAAAUAUGUCCUUGAACAUGGCUCGAACUGCUCAAUGCAUCUUCCAAUUUGGAGAUGGCAUUGGUACUUCUACUGGGGUCAUUAGAGAUCGUUUAACGUCAUUGAUUGUCGAACCUAUCCCAGUCAAAGAACCUUAGUUACAAUCUAUGGCAUCGUCUUUGUUGAUGAAACCUUUUUUGAAUGUAUGAUCUUGAAAGUACAAUAAAUUUCAAGAAAUAAAUUGAGCCCUCUCCAUA